CACCACCAACAGCAGCAGCAUGUUGUGCCCCAGCGUCUUCCAGCCGUCCCCCGUCACCAUGCGGCCUUUCAUGGACCUGCACUGGCCGGUCCGCAGCCUGUGGCCCGAGACCCGGCCCCUCUUCUACCACAUGGAGCAGGAGAUGAUCCGCCACAUGCAGGAGAUGAGGCAGAACAUGGAGUUCAUGGAGAGGCUCCACCAGAAGAUCUUCGAGGAGAUCGACCAGACCUCGUCCUCGUCCUCCGCCGCCGGAUUCUUCAAGCCCAUCGCCUUCCAGGACCUGGGGGGGGGGGCCGGGGGCAGCUUCGCCCUCAGUCUGGACACCCAGGAGUUCUCCCCCGAGGAGCUGUCGGUCAAGCAGGUGGGCAAGAAGCUGCGUGUGAGCGGCCGGACGGAGAAGAAGCAGGACGACGGGAAAGGCUCGUACUCGUACCGCUGCCAGGAGUUCAGGCAGGAGUUCGACCUGCCGGAGGGGGUCCAGCCCGACACCGUCACCUGCUCGCUGGUGGGGGGCCGGCUGCAGAUCCAGGCGCCCCGAGACCAAGUGGUGAAAGACGGGAAGGAGCGAGUCGUCCCCAUCAGCGUGACCUCGGCCCCCGCCCUCACGUCCCCGUCCUCGCCGACCCCCGGGGGGCCGGAGGGGGGCAGCUCCUCCUCAGAGAGCAGCGCCGCCGACAAACACUGA